AUGGGGGAAUUUAAUCCUCAUGUGCUGGAGAUGGAUGGAGAUGUUAUUCUUGGAGGGCUCUUCCCUCUGCAUUAUGUAGCUCCAGAACCUGAUUAUGUUUUUACAGACCGACCACAGGUUAAGAGCUGUAGUAGCUUUGACCUGAGGGCGUUCCGCUGGGUCCAGACCAUGGUGUUUGCCAUUGAGGAGAUAAACAGGAACCCCAGGCUUUUGCCAGGUGUGAUGCUGGGCUAUCGGAUUCUGGACAGCUGUGAUCAUGUACACACUAGUCUACAGAGUGCAUUCUCUUUGGUAAAUGGAUCUUUUACCUCUCAGACAGAGAGCUCUGCAAUCAGGAGCGUUCCUUGCCUCUCUAAAGCUCCUGUUCCUGCAAUCAUAGGCCUGGCAUCCUCUUCCCCAACCCGAGCUGUAGCCCAAACUUUUGGGCCUUUUCAGAUCCCUAUGAUCAGCUACUUUGCGACUUGCACAUGUCUGAGUGAUAAGAACGUGUACCCAACUUUCCUCCGCACUGUUCCCAGUGAUGUUUUCCAGGUGCAGGCUCUGGUGCAGCUGAUGGCCCAUUUUAACUGGCGCUGGGUAGGCACAAUUGGCACAGAGGAUGACUAUAGCCGCUAUGGUAUCCAGGCCUUUACUGAGCAGCUGGAAGAAUGGGGUGGUUGCGUGGCUUUUCACCGCACCAUCCCUGAUUCACCCACACCAAAACAGAUCAGUGUCAUUAUUGAUGCCCUGGUUGCCUCCAUGGCCCGAGUUAUUGUGGUUUUUGCCUCAGAAGUUCAACUUCUAGAGCUCCUUUCAGAGGUGGCUCUGAGGAACUUGACAGGCUGGCAGUGGGUUGCCAGUGAAUCCUGGGUAGCUGCCAGUGUUCUUACUGCCCCUGUGUUUCAGCAUGUGUUAUCUGGGACCCUGGGAUUUUCCUUUAGGGGUGCAAAUAUCUCUGGACUGUCUGAGUUUCUUCUGAGAGUACGCCCCUCAAAUAACCCAGGAUCAGCCUUCACUAAAAUGUUCUGGGAAGAACAGUUCAACUGCCGGCUGGAUUAUGGCAACAGUGAGGAUUUGGACAGGCCACUUUGUACUGGCUUGGAGAAUCUGGAGCAGGUUGAAAGCAGCUACACCAGUGUGACUCCGGUGAGGGUUUCAUAUAAUGUUUAUAAGGCAGUGUAUGCCAUUGCUCAUGCUCUGCACCACCUACUACAGUGCACAUCUAUAACACAGGCCUCUAACCAGAGAAGCUGUAACACUGGGGCAGAAUUCACACCUGUACAGUUGCUUUAUUUCCUGAGGAGAGUGAACUUCACAAACCAGUUUGGAGAAAAGGUUUAUUUUGAUGAAAAUGGAGAGCCAGUACCUGUCUAUGACAUCAUAAACUGGCAGAAAAAUGGACGAGGUGGAAUCAGGUUUAAAAAAGUUGGCAGUUAUGACGGUUCAGCCCCCAAAUGGCAGCAGCUAAACAUGGACAUGGACUUGAUAGAGUGGACAGGAGGGCAGAGUCAGGUGCCUAUGUCACUGUGCACAGCCCCCUGUCCUCCUGGGACUCGACAGGCCACACGACCAGGCCAACCCAUCUGCUGUUUUGACUGUCUGCCUUGCACUGAUGGAGAGUUCACCAAUACAUCAGGAGCCACAGAAUGUAUCCGGUGUCCUCUGUACUACUGGUCUAAUGCUGAGCGUGUGGCUUGUGUGGCAGGAAUAGAGGAAUUCCUUUCCUUUCAGGAAAUCAUGGGUGUCAUUCUUGUUACCCUGUCCCUCCUGGGAGUUGCUGCAGCAACUGCUGUCUCUGUAAUCUUCUUCCUCUUCAGAUCCACACCUAUAGUCAAAGCCAACAAUUCAGAGCUGAGUUUCCUGCUUUUGCUGUCACUGAAACUCUGCUUUCUCUGUUCACUGGUAUUUCUGGGCCGGCCUUCAAUGUGGUCCUGUCAGGCCCGACAGGCAGCGUUUGGCAUCAGUUUUGUCCUUUGUAUCUCCUGCAUUCUGGUCAAAACCAUUGUGGUGCUGCUGGCUUUCCAUUCCACCAUGCCUGGCUCCAGUUCCCUCAAACGAUUUGGCCCUCCUCAGCAAAGAGCAUUUAUUGUCAGUUGCACUGCAGGCCAAGCCAUACUCUGUAUUAGCUGGUUGGCAUUAGCACCUCCUUACCCUUUUAAGAACACAUCUUACCAGGGUGGACGGAUCAUACUGGAGUGUAAGGAUGUCUGGCCUCUGGGAUUCUACUUGGUACUUGGUUAUAUCGGUCUCCUCUCCUGUGUUUGCUUCAUUCUGGCCUUUUUGGGACGGAAUCUUCCAGGUACAUUUAACGAGGCCAAGUUAAUCACAUUCAGCAUGCUGAUCUUUUUUGCUGUUUGGAUCUCAUUCAUACCUGCAUACAACAGCACCCCAGGGAAAUACACAGUAGCAGUGGAAGUAUUUGCCAUCCUGGCCUCCACUUUUGGCUUGCUUAUCUGUAUUUUUGCUCCUAAAUGUUACAUUAUACUGCUGAGGCCUGAACUUAAUACCAAAAAAGGAAUGACUGGAAAAACCUAA